AUGGCUGACUGCAACAAUCAGUUACAGCUCGUAUCGGAGGAUUCUAUUUUUGACCUUACUCCGACCGAUCACGAUUACGUGCUUCGACUGCUAGACGUGUCGAGUCUCUCUAUUGCAUCUAGCUCAGAGUCUGAGCGAACGCCUGAUUGCAGGGCAUCUUUCAAAUCUGAAGAUCAACCAACGAUCGGUGAAUUCCUGUCAACACCAUCAACGUGGGUGAUCAUUGCAGUCAAAUCGUUAAAAAUUGUUAACACUUCUCAACAUAGGAAAGGCUGUAAUUUGCCCCGAACCAGCUCUACCCGUCCCGUGUUUCGGGAUCUUGGAUUCGGCCAGGACGUGUCCUUAAGUAGACACCAGGAGGCAUCUCUGGGCCAACACCAGGAAAUCCCUGCUCUUGGAUAUCAGCAAGUGUUCCCGGUUGGUCAUCAGGAAGUGUCUCUGAAUCAACGCCAGGAACUAGGAUUGUCUUCGGUUGAACACCAGGAAGUGUCUCCGACUGGUAAUAACUCCAGCCUGCCCCCGGACUCUCUCUCUGAAUCAAGCACGUUACUGUUUGAGCUGUUUGACUUGCUAGAAGCGCCGCCGUCUCCAUAUUCCAGUCCUCCACUUCCGAGCCCUGGAACUCCACCCACGUCUUCUGUCUACUACAGUACUACUGAAGAGACAGAGAACUGUGCUGCCGAGUCUCCAACUCUAGGAGCCAAGAAUCGUCCGGCUACGCCUCCAAAGGCUAGACCUGUGGGUGGUAAUUUCGCCACUUCAUACCAGCAGCUUGUCGACAGUUGUUCAUUUGACUUGGAUCAAGAGAACAUUGUCCCGAGCUUGGAUGAUCCGUCUGACAACCUGGGCAAUUCUCGGUUGAUAUUGCAGAAUAAAACUCCAAGUCAAACUCAAAUCAGUGACAUUGACGAGUCUAUUACUUCUCCGCCCAUUCCUACUACCUCCGUCUCUAAUUCUACUCGUCAUUCCCUGAGACCUCACCCAUAUUUGCCACACGCUGAAUAUCUUCCACCUCGAAGAAGAUUUGCAAACAAGAUCAGGAACCGUCUGUCCUCCAUUUUCGGUGAACGUCGUGUGACUCUCUAA